UGAUGAGGAGCUGCAGCGUUUCUCCCAUUCUGUGUUUUUUUGUUUUUUGUAGAAUUUAAAGACUAAAAGCGGAAAUAACUUCAUCAUGUCCACGUUCCAGAAGGUGGCUGUGGUGUCUUGUGUGUGUGUAUGUGUCGCUCUGCUGCUCCCCAAACUGCUGUUAUCCGGAGGAGGAGGAGGAGGAGGAAGGAGAGACAGUGCGGAGGAAGCUAGGUUCCCCCCAGUACUGCAGAGGAAAUCAGUGCCAUCGCCCCCCCGAGGUGCAGGAGGGAACAGCGCUCAUCACCCUGAGGCCAUCGCCAGGGCUAAAGGCAGCACAACGGCAGCGGGAAAAUCCAACCUGGCAGGACAGAUCAUUCCUGUAUACGGAUUCGGAAUCCUGCUCUACAUCUUCUACAUCAUCUUCAAGAUCACAUCUCGAGGGAAAACGGGUAAAUCUCACGAGAGCAGAUUUCCUGCAGCAAGAUCAGAAAACAUGAAGAGAAAAAUCACGGAUUUUGAGUUGAUGCAGCUGCAGGAGCGUUUGAAGGAGACGGAGGAGGUGAUGGAGAGAAUCGUAUCAAGAGCUCAAGCUCAGAGCGGAAACACACUGAGAGAGGAGUGUGUAAGUGUGGAUCAGGAGGAGAAGCUGCUGCUCCAGCUCAGAGUGAUCACUCGAGUGAUGCAGGAGGGACGAUUAGUGGACAGGAUUCCCUCUGGGACAGAGACGCUGGACCCGGAGUGUGAUCAGGAGUUUACAGAUGAUCCUGAGGAAAUGCUGAAACCCUGGAGUUCUCACUGCUGCACCGUCCACCAUCAGACGGCUGAGGAGGAGACAGAGCGAGCAGACAGACAGACAGCGGAGGAGGAGACUGAGCGAGCAGACAGACAGACAGCGGAGGAGGAGACUGAGCGAGCAGACAGACAGACAGCUGAGGAAGAGAAAGAGCGAGCAGACAGACAGAUAGGUGAGGAGGAGACAGCGCGAGCAGACAGACAGACAGAUAGCUGUGAGAAGAAUGAGUGUAGUGAUGCAGGAGGUGAUGGAGAGGAGGAGCUGUGUACAGAGGUGAUGGAGCAGUCUGAAGCCCAGCCCUGGAACACGUCACUUUCAGGAGGCCGUGUGAUCAGAUGCAGGAGAGGAACCACCCGAGGAACUGAACCUUCUCACUGAUGGCUCCAAACACUGCUCCUGAAAAUAUUAUUAUUUCUGCACUUGUUGUAUUUUCUGCAUGCUGCUUCACUUUCACCAAACGUCUUAAAAUCACGUGUCUAAUUUUCGUUCACGUGGUGAUGAUCUCUCCUGAGCUUACCUUCCAAACUCUUCUGACAGAGAACGUUUAAAACACUGAGUCAAGACGACACAUCUGUCAGGAAAUGGUCAGUGAUGAACUGAAAGACCCAUUAUUCAUUAUGACUUGUGUCACAAAAGGGCGGAGCUUAAUUUAAACUUGACCAAUAAGAACCUUGGGAGAUCACCUUCAGCACAUUACUCACAGUUCAGGUUGAGAAGUUACACUGAGCGAGUCAGAAGCGGCAUGUAAAGUGUAGUGAUGUCACAGCGUUACUGAGAUUGGCUGAUCAGAUCAGCUUAAGCCCCGCCCCCUCACUGAAGAACAGUAGGACAGUGGGCGUGGAUCUGCUGUUCUGUGUGCAGUUCAUUAAGACAGUAGGCGUGUAACGAUACUCUCCGCUCAUGAAUAUUCAUGACUAUCAGGUCAGGAGACUGAAUUCACGAUUCCUGAUUUGAUUCUGAGAAUAUUCUAAACAAAAUAUAAAUGAAGAAAAUUUUGAACUGAAAAGACUCCUUUUUAUUUUUAAAUAAUAAACAAUGUGCAUUUUUGUAUGUAUAAAAGUAAAUUUAAAAAAAUACUGCAAAUAGGAGUAAAAUAUUGUAAACAAAACAUCCUGCAGGAUCACGUGACCAGUUGACUAUGUGCAGAUUGCGACCCCUGCUGUUCAAACCGUGCAACUGCAUCCUGUACAGACUGAAUGAACAGUUGCAGGGGGAGUCACGUGACCACGAUACACGUCAUCAGAGUUUUGCAUUGCGAUGUCACGAUGUAUCGUUACACCCCUACGCGACAGUGGGACAGUCGUGCAGUUAAACACGUGACAGAUGAAUGUUAAAAAUGUAUUUUAUUGAUUUGACCUCAGAACAGAAACAGAAGUGUGGAUUUAAAUUCAGGAUGAACACUGAAGCUCCUCAACAUCAGCAUGACUUGGAGAUGGAUAAUAAAUUAGUUCCUCAGUGUUUCAUCACCACAUCACACACACAAUGGAGUGAAUCCAUUAGGUGGAAUAUAAUAUGUUUAUUUAUUAUUUUUUAUGUAUAAAUAUGAUUGAUGCCUUCAUCCAGGGGCGAUUCGUAUCAGUGAGCUAGCAAGUGUGUUUGUGUGUGUGAGAGAGAGAGAUGCUGGGCUUUGUUUGGUUUUAGAUGUGGUGAUUGUAAACCUGUAGCUCAGGGAUGUUUUAAAGCUCUGCUCUGGAUCUCAUGCUGGAUUUUUGAAAGCUGAACCUGAUUAAAGAGUGUAAUUAAAAUGAUUAAUGGAAACACGUUAAUUUUGAAAAAUAAAACCUCAAAUAUCGCAAUUUUCUACAUUCGCAUGAAGUGGAUUUUUAGACGAUUCGGUAAAGCAAUGUUUAAAUCGUUUCCCGUAUCGAGGUUACAUGCCUGAGUGUCUUCAGCUUUGAGAAUAAAGUAGUAAACACACACAGUGUCCACCAGGGGGCGCCAUUGCACUCAGCUAG